AUCCAAAACCACACCAAAACAAAAAACAGACUAGCAAAAAAUGAAGAAAUCACUCUUCACCACCACUAUCUCCCUCCUUAUCAUCUUUGUCUCUCUACCCAUCCUUUCAUACUCCCAAACUUGCAACAAAGAUGACGAAAAAGUCCUUUUCCAAAUCAAAAAGGCUUUUGGAAAUCCUUAUCAUUUAGCCUCUUGGCAAAAAACAUUAGAUUGUUGCCAAUGGUACAAUGUUGAAUGUGACCAAAACACAAGCCGUAUCAUCUCACUAACAAUUUUUCAAGGCAACAUUUCUGGCCAAAUUCCAAAACAAGUUGGCGAUCUUCCUUUUCUCAAAACAUUAGUAUUGCGAAAACUUACCAACCUCACCGGAGAAAUCCCAAUAGCAAUUACGAAACUUACACAUCUCACCAUGCUUAGAUUAAGUUGGACUAAUUUAUCGGGUUCGGUACCUUCUUUCCUAAGUCAACUCACAAAUCUAAACUUCUUAGAUUUGUCGUUCAAUGAUCUGACGGGAUCUAUCCCGCCAGAACUAGCAACGUUGAAAAACCUCAAUGCGCUACAUUUAGAUAGAAACAAGCUUACAGGAGUCAUUCCUGACUCAUUUGGGACGUUUACUGGAAACGUCCCAGAUCUGUACCUUUCUCACAACCAACUUACUGGCACCAUACCCAAAUCAUUAGGGUAUUUAAAUUUCACCACUAUUGAUUUUUCAAGAAACCAAUUGACUGGUGACAUUAGUAUAUUUUUUGGGCUAAACAAGACCAUUCAAAUAGCUGAUUUUUCGAGGAAUAAUUUUACGUUUGACAUAACGAAAAUGGUGUUUCCUGAGAGUUUGACUUCGUUAGAUUUUAACCAUAACAAGGUUUUUGGGAGUUUACCAACUACAUUGACCGGGUUAAGUUUGCAGUAUUUGAAUGUCAGUUAUAAUAGGUUGUGUGGGCAGAUUCCGCAAGGUGGUGAUUUGCAGAAGUUUGACAACACUUCUUAUUUUCAUAACCGGUGCUUAUGUGGGUCGCCUUUGGCGACUUGUGCCUGAAGUGAUUUUGGCCGUAAUCAUCUAUACUUAAGUUGAAAAUAUGUACUACAUAGUAAUUAAAAUCUCCAAUAUAUUGUUAUCGUUUAAAUGUAAAAAUCCUUGGGAUUUUGUGUAUGAAUGUGAGAUUUCUAUACAUUAUAUUAUUUUUCUUAGUAA